AUGGCGGUCAACGAUACCCAGUCCAGAGAUGCUGUCGACACUAAUUAUCCCUCUGCCACAACGGCUCCUCCGCGGUCGUUCUCUAUCGAAGGCUUCCGCAUUACGACCCAAAAGCUCCCUAUACUGAAAGCUGGGCCAAUCGAGGAAAUGACGAACAAGCUUGGCAUCGCACCUCCUGAAAUGAUAUUCGGCGACAACUUCGUGGCGAUCGAGCACCCGUCGUCCGGUUGGGGAAUCAAAUUCGACGCCUUCGGGGCUCUUGACCGGGUGGAUAAGACCGGCGAGAAGAGGCUGAAAGUAGCAUAUUCGAAAGAGUGGCAUCAGAGCAGGGAGGAUUCACAUGAUAUCAAGGAAGUCAUCAAACCGUUCGACUGGUCCUACACUACCGACUACAAAGGCGACCUUUCCCCAGAAGGUCCGCAAUUUGACGAAGGAGUCAGCCCCAUCCCUCUAGAACUUCUCAAGCGGCCAGAUCCAAUAUUGUUCUUUGAUGAUGUGAUCCUGUACGAAGACGAGCUCGCUGACAACGGGAUCACCAUGCUUUCCUGCAAGAUCAGGGUGAUGCCUGCUCGCUUACUCCUUCUGUGCCGAUUUUUCAUGAGGCUCGACAAUGUUCUGCUCAGACUCCGGGAUACCAGGGUAUACAUCGACUUUAGGAAGAAGGAAGUGCUGCGGGAAUACGUCGCGCGGGAGGAAUCGUACGACAAAGUUCACAACGACCUUGCAGCCAGAAGGGACGAUGUCGCCGCCGUACUCCGAGAUGCCAACCAGAUGCCAGAUCUUCUGCCAGUCGUUGAAAGAAGGCUUGAAAGGCUUGAGCUGGGCAAGUGA